CAUUGACUCCAACCGCACGGACUUAGAAUGCUCGCUUGUGUUCACAGUGCAGCUGAAUGAAAUGCCUUAAAAAAAGGAGUAACUUUGUCGACAAUCCUAUACUUUUUCUUCCCAGAUUGCCUCAUCGGUGAAGGAUUCCUUUGCUGAAGACCACAUCAAAGAGACCAACCAUCAUGAUGCAGAGGGCAGGGAACGCCCGACCUUACACUAAAGCCCUGGACGGAGGUUGGGGAUGGAUGAUUGUAUUUCAUUUCUUCCUGGUAAACAUGUUUGUGAUGGGGAUGGUCAAGACGUUUGCAAUUUUCUUUGUGGUUUUCCAAGAAGAAUUUGAAAGCACCUCAGAGCAAACUGGUUGGAUUGGAUCCAUCAUGUCAUCACUUCGUUUUUCUGCAGGUCCCCUGGUUGCCAUUACUUGUGACAUAAUUGGAGAGAAGACUGCCUCCAUUCUUGGGGUUUUCCUUGUUACUGGUGGAUAUCUGAUCAGCAGCUGGGCUACUAACAUUCCCUUUCUUUGUGUGACUAUGGGACUUUUACCUGGUUUGGGUUCUGCUUUCUUGUACCAAGCAGCUGCUGUGGUAACUAUCAAAUACUUCGAGAAACGAUUAGCUCUUUCUACAGCUAUUGCCCGUUCUGGGAUGGGACUGACGUUUCUAAUAGCACCUUUCACAAAAGUCCUGAUAGAUCUAUAUGACUGGACAGGUGCUCUUAUACUACUUGCAGGGAUCACACUGAAUUUGGUGCCUUCCAGUAUGCUCCUAAGACCCAUCCAUAUCAAAAGCAAGAACAAUUCUGAUAUUAAAAAUAAAGGCAGCAGCUUAGCUGCAAGUAAUCCAGGGGCAGUGGGUGCGACAGAAACGUCAUCCUGCAAUGAGACACAAGAAGCCACCAUCAGGGACAGUGCUCUGCAAAAGGCCGGACAACCUCGUACAAGUUUAACAGUCUCACAAAACAGAGAGUUCAACAACGAGCCUAACAGGGACAGUUAUGAGAAAGAGGCUAUUUCAUGGAGCUGUAAACAAAAACUCUGUGACCUCUCCCUUUUAAAAAAUCCUUUCUUCUACAUAUUUACCUGGUCUUUUCUCCUCAGUCAGUUGGCAUAUUUCAUCCCUACUUUUCACCUGGUGGCCAGAGCCAGAACAUUGGGGAUUGACAUCAUGGAUGCCUCCUUCCUCGUUUCUGUAGCUGGUAUCACUGAGGCAGUCAGUCAGAUCAUCUCUGGAUGGGUUGCUGAUCAAAACUGGAUCAAGAAGUAUCAUUACCACAAGUCUUACCUCAUCCUCUGCGGCAUCACUAACCUCCUUGCUCCUCUGGCGACCACAUUUCCAUUACUUAUGACCUAUACCAUCUUCUUUGCCAUUUUCGCCGGUGGUUACCUGGCAAUGAUACUUCCUGUACUGGUUGAUCUGUCUGGGAAUUCUAGAGUACACAGGUUCUUGGGACUUGCCGGUUUCUUUGCUGGGAUGGCUGUCCUUUCUGGACCACCUAUAGCAGGUUUAACUUAAAUGGACAUUCCGUGCUUGCUGAACAUUUAAUCCAAGACUCUCAAAAGACUACUCACACAGAAAUGUUUUGAGGGAACAGACUUAAACUUUAGUAUUUUACAUACUACAGGUUCUCAAUGUUUAAAUGUCUAAAUUACUACAGCAUUUCCAAUCACCCACAAAAAGGUAUUCAGCCUAAAACUUCCUUUUACUUCCUUCAGUCCUGAAGUGAAACAGAAAAAAAUACAAUCUUGCCUCACUAUCUUUGUUUAAAAACUAAAUGCUAUUUAGGUUUGCACCUAAAUGUAAGACCUAGAAAAGGCAAACAGCAAAAGGGAAAGUAUAAAAUUAAUCACAAAAAUUAUUACUGAAUGGAAAAAAACACACCAUUAUCUGAUGUUCAAUUUAGGUGUAUCUCUUCUAAAGGAAAAGUUUAUACAAAUAUACAACCAACUCCUACUUGUGUUUAUGAGCCCACCUCUGCCCAUGUGGUCUAGGUCAGCCUACACCUCACACCUGGAAAGCAGGCUCGAAUUUUAAAGUCAGGCCCAGGACUGUGACGUAGGGGCUGGUAACAGGAGACUAACACCAGAUGUGCUUAGCAGAGCAGCUCUAUGGUUGGUGCCCAGGUCAGCGAGCUAGAAAAAACAGAACUCAAAUAUAGCUUGCCGAUGCAUUUUCUCAAUCUUGAUCCUUCUUCAAUGGCCAUUCCCGUGAUGCCUUAAAACUUUCCAAGCCUAUUAGGCCCAAAAUAUAGGGAGCUAACAAAUACCAGGGCACAGAGUAUCUUAUUCAAAAGAUAAAAACAUGUAAUAUGUUUAGAGAUUUCAAGUUUUGU